AUGGAUGCCAACAUGGAAGAACUAGCCAAAAAGGAGCAAAAGGGAUUAUUGCUUCUAGCUGAACUUUCCUAUCAGGCUGCUACUAUUGGUCAAAUGGGAAACAUGUACACGAAUCGGUAUUUCAACAAAGCAGAAUACAGGGAAACAUUAGAAACUGGACUUCAAUGGGUUAUGAGGUGCUUUGAUCGUCCGAGGUACUUUUAUAAGAUGUUUCGAAUGAGCACUGAUAUUUUCAUGGCACUACAUGAUGUGCUCAUCUCGAAUUACGGUUUGAUCUCAACUAACAAUGUUUCAUCAAUUGAGUCAUUGGCGAUGUUUCUGUGGAUCGUCGGAGGACCCCAAUCAUUUUCACAAGCUGAAAAUCGUUUUACACGGUCGCUAUGGACAGUUCACACCAAGUUUCAUGAAGUAUUGAAUUGUUUGCGCAAGUUAGCAAAGGACAAUAUCAAGCCAAGAGAUCCAACUUUCUGUACUGAGCAUGAAAGGGUGAAAGAGGACCGUUUCUGGCCUUAUUUCAAAGGCGCUAUUGGAGCUAUAGACGGUUCACAUGUUAAAGUUGCCGUUCCAGCAGAGGAAGUGGUUAACCACACAUGUCGACAUGGAUAUACAUCUCAGAACGUGCUAGCUGUUUGUGACUUUGAUAUGAGGUUUAUCUUUGCGGUUGCUGGUUGGCCGGGUUCUGCACAUGACACACGGAUUCUCAAUCAUGCAUUAGCGAAUUUUCCUUCAUUUCCCGUGCCUCCCAAAGGAAAAUAUUAUCUUGUGGACUCUGGCUAUCCAAACAGAGUAGGAUAUCUUGCCCCUUUCAAAGGAAGCACAUACCACAUACCAGAAUUCCGGCUUCGUUCUGGACGUCCUCCUCAAGGGAAGUACGAGAUUUUCAAUUUUUUGCAUUCAUCCCUUCGAAAUGUCAUUGAGCGGGCUUUCGGAGUGUUGAAGCAGAAGUGGCGUAUUUUGAAGGACAUGCCAAGUUUCUCCACUCGUACUCAAAAGCAUAUUAUUCUUGCUUGCAUGGCAUUGCAUAAUUUUAUUCGUGAGAGCAAUUUGCAUGAUAAAGUGUUUGAUAAAUGUGAUGCUGAUGAGGACUACCUACUACAAGAGACAUGUGGCAUAACCCAAACACAAGGAGAUGAGAGUCCAGAUGGGGAGAAUGAGGAUACGAUGAAUACUAUUCGUAGUAGAAUAGCUGAUGCUUUGGUAGACAAUAUGGACUACAACAGACCUUGA